AGUCUUGGAAGGAGUGCAGAAGGCGUCUCACCCCCUACAGGAUGGACUCGGCCAGGCCAUGCGCAUGAGCAGUGGAUAUUCACGGGUGGGGAUGCAGGGGGUGUGGGUCGUGCUCCGUGUGUGUGCGAGUGAGUGCGCCUUCUUCCCCCCCCUUAUUCUCUCGUAAGAAGGGAACACUAACACUCUAACCUAGGUAGUGUGACUCGGGGACUCGGCUUGACACAAUGGGUGAAAACAAUACUAACAACAAUCCUCACAGCAUAGCCGACUAUCUUGCACAGUUACUAAAAGACAAAAAGCAACUGGCUGCCCUCCCUAACGUCUUCCUGCACGUAGAGCGACUCCUGGACGAAGAGAUCGGCAAGGUGCGGGGGAACCUGUUUCAGAUCAAUGGGCACAAGCGAGAACCCUUGGUGCUGCCCGAGGGCCAGGGUGCCACGGUUACCCUCUCUGAAAAGGUCUAUGUCCCCAACAAGGAACAUCCGGACUUUAAUUUCGUGGGUCGGAUCCUGGGACCUAGGGGGAUGACGGCGAAGCAGCUGGAGCAGGAAACCGGCUGCAAAAUCAUGGUCAGGGGGAAAGGCUCCAUGAGAGACAAGAAGAAGGAGGAGAUGAAUCGGGGAAAGCCGAAUUGGGAGCAUCUGAACGAUGAUCUUCACGUCCUCAUCACAGUCGAAGAUUACGAGAACCGAGCCAAAGUCAAACUUCAACGGGCCGUCGAGGAGAUAAAGAAACUGCUCGUCCCAGCGGCUGAUGGAGAGGACGAGCUGAAGAAGAGGCAGCUGAUGGAAUUGGCCAUCAUCAAUGGUACUUACAGGGAUUCUUCUUCGAAGAACGCCAAUGGUGAGUUGGGUGGAAUGACGUUCAUGGGAUCUCAGUACGCCAUGCAGUGCCAAGAAAAAGCAGUUGACACCUACAGCUCCCUUGUGAGGCUCACAGCUUCCCUGGGUGCCAUGGUACUCAGGUUGAGAACCGCUGAUGGUGCUCCUCUCAUGUGUGCAGCCCUGGAUCUUCCUCGGCUGAUGGCACCACUGACGGGUCUGGGUGCAAGUCCCCUUCGGCAGGCAGUGAGCACCCCAUUGGGUGCCCCAUUGAUCCUCUCCUCAAGACUUCCAGUCCCAACAUCUGCUGCAGCCCUGCUCAAUGGCACAGGGGCAGGGAACCCAGGCCCACCCCCACUGAUCACAGCAGCAGGGCAUGGAGACACCUCUGGCCUCCUUUAUGCCCCAUAUACGGAUUAUGCCGGCUAUGCUGCCCUGGCUGCCUCUCCGCUCCUCGCCGAAUACGCUGCAGCUGCUGCUGCCGACCACGCUGGUGGGUUGUUUGCGCGAUAGGUGUGCAUCAGGUGGACACUGAUGGUUUUCUUUCCCCCCCCCCCCCCCCCCUCCUCCCCACAUCCAAAAAGAAAAAAAA